AUGUUUUUGUUGAAGGGGGCGGGCUGGUGAGUCCGAGGUGUGUGGGCAGCACGGAUGUUACUAAUAAUCGCAAUGGUGAUGGUUGCGGUAGCUGCUUCUGCAUGCUGCGUACACUGCGUGCCCCUCAUUUCCUUGAACUCCCACCACCCUACCGGCUGAGCAGGUCAUGCCCCUUGACAGAGGAGGAGGCUGAGGCUCGCAGAGUUUAGUGGUUUGCCCACUGAGAGAACGGAUCCAGGUCCCCUGAGCUCGGUUCUUUUGGCUCUCCUUCCCCUGGCUCCUCCUGCCCCCUAAGUCCCUGCAGUCUCCAUCCUGGUGUGGUGGAAACAGGUGAUGGCAACCCCAAGGAGAGCAGUCCUUUCAUCAACAGCACCGACACAGAGAAGGGGAAGGAGUAUGAUGGCAAGAACAUGGCCCUGUUUGAGGAGGAGAUGGACACGAGCCCUAUGGUCUCCUCCCUCCUCAGUGGCCUGGCCAACUACACCAACCUGCCCCAGGGGAGUAGGGAGCACGAAGAAGCUGAGAACAAUGAGGGCGGAAAAAAGAAGCCGGUGCAGGCCCCACGCAUGGGCACCUUCAUGGGCGUGUACCUGCCGUGCCUGCAGAACAUCUUCGGAGUCAUCCUCUUCCUGCGGCUCACCUGGGUGGUGGGCAUCGCAGGCAUCAUGGAGGCCUUCUGCAUGGUCUUCAUCUGCUGCUCCUGUACAAUGCUCACGGCCAUUUCCAUGAGCGCCAUUGCCACCAACGGUGUUGUGCCUGCUGGGGGCUCGUACUACAUGAUCUCUAGGUCUCUGGGCCCGGAAUUUGGGGGCGCCGUGGGCCUUUGCUUCUACCUGGGCACGACCUUUGCUGGGGCCAUGUACAUCCUGGGAACCAUCGAAAUCCUACUGGCUUACCUCUUCCCAGCUAUGGCCAUCUUCAAGGCAGAAGAUGCCAGCGGGGAGGCAGCCGCCAUGUUGAACAACAUGCGAGUGUAUGGCACCUGUGUGCUCACUUGCAUGGCCACCGUGGUAUUUGUGGGCGUCAAGUACGUCAAUAAGUUUGCUCUGGUUUUCCUGGGCUGUGUCAUCCUCUCCAUCCUGGCCAUCUAUGCCGGGGUCAUCAAGUCGGCCUUCGACCCACCCAAUUUCCCGAUCUGCCUCCUGGGGAAUCGCACACUAUCUCGCCAUGGCUUUGAUGUCUGUGCCAAGCUGGCUUGGGAAGGAAAUGAGACCGUGACCACACGGCUCUGGGGCCUUUUCUGCUCCUCCCGCUUCCUCAAUGCCACCUGCGAUGAGUACUUCACCCGGAACAAUGUCACUGAGAUCCAGGGCAUUCCUGGCGCUGCCAGUGGGCUCAUCAAAGAGAACCUCUGGAGCUCCUACCUGACCAAGGGGGUGAUUGUGGAGAAGCGCGGGAUGCCCUCAGUGGGCCUGGCAGAUGGCACCCCUGUUGACAUGGACCAUCCGUAUGUCUUCAGUGAUAUGACCUCCUACUUCACUCUGCUGGUUGGCAUUUAUUUCCCCUCUGUGACAGGGAUCAUGGCUGGUUCCAACCGCUCUGGUGACCUGCGGGAUGCUCAGAAGUCCAUCCCCACGGGCACCAUUCUGGCCAUCGCCACCACCUCUGCUGUCUACAUCAGCUCUGUUGUCCUGUUUGGGGCCUGCAUUGAGGGGGUCGUCCUACGGGACAAGUUUGGUGAAGCUGUGAAUGGCAACCUCGUGGUGGGCACACUGGCCUGGCCAUCUCCCUGGGUCAUUGUCAUUGGAUCUUUCUUCUCUACCUGUGGGGCCGGGCUGCAGAGCCUCACAGGGGCCCCUCGCCUGCUGCAGGCCAUCUCUCGGGAUGGCAUAGUGCCCUUCCUGCAGGUCUUUGGCCAUGGCAAAGCCAAUGGAGAGCCAACCUGGGCGCUGCUGCUGACGGCCUGCAUCUGUGAGAUUGGCAUUCUCAUCGCCUCCCUCGACGAGGUCGCCCCCAUCCUCUCUAUGUUCUUCCUGAUGUGCUACAUGUUUGUGAACUUGGCCUGUGCAGUGCAGACUCUGCUGAGGACCCCCAACUGGAGACCGCGCUUUCGAUAUUACCACUGGACCCUGUCCUUCCUGGGCAUGAGCCUCUGCCUCGCCCUCAUGUUCAUCUGCUCCUGGUAUUAUGCAUUAGUGGCCAUGCUCAUUGCUGGACUCAUCUAUAAGUACAUCGAGUACCGCGGGGCAGAGAAGGAGUGGGGUGAUGGGAUCCGAGGUCUCUCUCUCAGCGCUGCUCGUUAUGCCCUCUUACGCCUGGAGGAGGGGCCCCCACACACCAAGAACUGGAGACCCCAGUUGCUGGUGCUGGUGCGUGUGGACCAAGACCAGAAUGUGGUACACCCUCAGCUGCUCUCCUUGACCUCCCAGCUCAAGGCAGGCAAGGGCCUGACCAUCGUGGGCUCUGUCCUUGAGGGCACCUUCCUAGACAAUCAUCCGCAAGCCCAGCGGGCAGAGGAGUCCAUCCGGCGCCUGAUGGAGGCGGAGAAGGUGAAGGGCUUCUGUCAGGUGGUGAUCUCCUCUAACCUGCGUGAUGGUGUGUCCCACCUCAUCCAGUCCGGAGGCCUCGGUGGCUUGCAGCACAACACGGUGCUUGUGGGCUGGCCCCGCAACUGGCGGCAAAAGGAGGACCACCAGACCUGGAGGAACUUCAUCGAGCUAGUGCGGGAAACCACCGCUGGCCACCUGGCCCUGCUGGUCACCAAGAAUGUGGCCAUGUUUCCUGGGAACCCUGAGCGCUUCUCGGAGGGCAGCAUCGAUGUUUGGUGGAUCGUUCACGACGGUGGCAUGCUCAUGCUGCUACCCUUCCUGCUGCGGCACCACAAGGUGUGGCGCAAGUGCAAGAUGCGCAUCUUCACCGUGGCCCAGAUGGAUGAUAACAGCAUCCAGAUGAAGAAGGACCUGACCACCUUUCUCUAUCACUUACGCAUCACUGCGGAAGUUGAGGUGGUGGAGAUGCACGAGAGCGACAUCUCGGCUUACACCUACGAGAAGACGCUGGUGAUGGAGCAGCGCUCUCAGAUCCUCAAACAGAUGCACUUAACCAAGAAUGAGCGGGAGCGGGAGAUCCAGAGCAUCACGGACGAGUCUCGAGGUUCCAUCCGGAGAAAAAAUCCAGCCAACACCCGGCUCCGCCUCAACGUCCCAGAAGAGACAGCAGGGGACAGUGAAGAGAAGCCGGAGGAAGAGGUGCAGCUGAUACAUGACCAGAGUGCUCCCAGCUGCCCCAGCAGCUCUCCGUCCCCAGGAGAGGAGCCCGAGGGGGAGGGAGAGGCAGACCCUGAGAAGGUGCAUCUCACCUGGACCAAGGACAAGUCGGUGGCCGAGAAGAACAAGGGCCCCAGUCCCGUCUCCUCCGAGGGCAUCAAGGACUUCUUCAGCAUGAAGCCGAACCAGUCCAACGUGCGGCGCAUGCACACGGCCGUACGGCUGAAUGAAGUGAUCGUGAAGAAGUCUCGGGAUGCCAAGCUGGUUCUGCUCAACAUGCCCGGGCCUCCGCGCAACCGCAACGGGGAUGAGAACUACAUGGAAUUCCUCGAGGUCCUCACGGAACACCUGGACCGCGUGAUGCUGGUCCGCGGCGGCGGCCGCGAAGUCAUCACCAUUUACUCCUGAGGGCCAGGAGCUGCGCCCCCUCCCGCCGGGCCCAAGCGCGCCCGGCCCGCGCCCCCCGCAGCUGUCACCGUUUACAUACAGACCCCCGUGCCCAUGCCCUGGCUCCCCUACCCCGCCGCCUGAAGCCCGAGGCCACGCCCGG